AUGGCGGAGCCGCUGACACGGAAGCGAACCGAAUCGCUGUCUAAAAUUUACUCCAAGAAGCCCAUCAGCGAAGGCUACGCCCUGUGGGACCGCGACUACCUCCUCGCCGCCAUGCGUGUCUUCACGUUUAAGGCGGAGGGAGCGCCGCCGUUUGUGCUCGCGCCCUAUCUCGACUCCGUGGCCGAGAUUACGCUGCAGAUGCAUGACCUCGAAGACGCCGCGGAGCAGUUCGCGAUUGCCGCCGGCAAGUACCAGCUGAUUGACCAGAAAGUGCUGGCAGAUCUCAUGCGCUUCAAGGUGACGGAGGUGUCGAGCAGCGCCGAGAUCGCGCUCGAGCAGGUGCAGGCAUACCUCGCAGCGCAGGAUCCGCAGGCCAACGGUGGCGGCGAAACUUCGACGGCGCAGACCAAGUCCGCCUUAGCGCGCGUCUACGCGUACCUGGCGGACCUCCUGCUGGGGUCUCUGGAUGAGGAGAAGCCCGACGAGGCGGUGCUAGCGCAGGCACUCACGGCGGCGGAGCUCGCCGUUCGGCUCGGCUGGGACCGAGAUCACUGUGGUUGGCUAAUCGUUGGCGACGUACACGCCGCCAGUGGCAACUACAAGAAGGCAAAAGAGGCGUACGGCAAGGCGCUCCAGAGGUGCCCGCACUACGCAAAGGCGCUGGAGCGGCAGACCGGCGUGCUGCAGCAGCUUGUCCGUGCCGCUGAGGAGUGUGGUGACGACGCCAGCAAGGCCGCCCUCAAUAAGGAACUCUUAUCGCUGUUGGACCGCAGUAUCGAGGUACACCCGCUGGCGAACACGUUCCGCGAGAAAGCGUUCUUACUGAGUGAGAUGGAAGGGGAUGAUGCAGCGCUGGCCUUUGUCGCCGAGACCCUCGAGCACCCGCCACAGGAAGAGAUUGAGGUGAUUGGUAGCUCGGCGAAGGAGACGACGUCGACGCUGCUGAAGGCGAAGGCAGCAAUUCUAGCAGAUGGCAACCAGCUGGACGCGGCGCUCGAGGCGGCGACCAAGGCUCUAGAGGUCAACCCGAGCGACGACGAGGCCAGAUCGAUUAUUUGCGACCUACACGAGUCGAUGGCAUAG